CAUUCAUUACCAUAAAUCUCCCUGAGCUCGUCACAAGUUCGAAUCCUAACUACUACCAACUGCCCCUGAAGCUGCCCUACUCUAGUUUUGCGAGGCUUAAUUUUAAAAGCUUUUUCCAGGGUUCGAUUCCCGGCUUUUUCUGCUCCCGAACAUGGUUAAAUCCUUGGCAAAGCAAAAACCCCAAAACAGCACAGAGAAAACGCAACCAAAUUUCAAGGGAGCGCGAAUGAGAAAAUGGGGGAAAUGGGUUUCCGAAGUGAGAAUGCCCAAUUCCCGAGCUAGAAUUUGGUUGGGGUCUUUUGAUACUGCUCAGCAGGCCGCUCGCGCUUACGACUGUGCAGUUUAUUGUCUGAGAGGAUCGAAUGCCAAGUUUAAUUUCCCCGACUCUUUGCCGGAAAUUCCGUCGGCUUCUUCGCUAUCUCCGGCUCAGAUUCAAGCUGUUGCAGCCAAGUUUGCCGUAGAAGAAUUUCGGCGGCCGGUGGAGUAUAACACCCAAUUUUCUGGUUCAGAAUCGCAUUCGUGUGUAGAGAGCGAAGAAAGUAUAGAGGAGCAGAAUUGGAUAGUGUUGGAUUCACUUCUUGAAGAUGUUGAGAGCGAUCAGCCUUCAAAUUUAGAAAACUUUCCUUCAUUAGGGGAUAUUGAUUUUCUUUUACUGGAGUAAGAACGGGGAGGGCCUUUUCUCUACCUGAUUAGGAAGUUUGCUCUACUGGAUUCUUUUGGAUGUUGUGCUUGUCAAUGACAAAGAUAAUCGCAACGUGUAAAAGAUAUUUCAAUGUAUGUCGGGUCAUCAUUUUGGGGCAAUGGUCAUAUUGGAUAAAAUUUUUCUCACCAGUAUUGACAGUGUCACAAAUAUUAAGAAUGUACAAGAUAUGUUUUUCUCAUCAAUACAUUAAUUUGUAACAAAUAAA